GGUUCAUUUUAUUUUUUGGCACAAUUCAAUUCAGUUUUCGGUUUGACCCACCCCUACUCGUUCUCACUCUGGGACUCUGGGUUCUUUGACUGUCCCGCCACUGGGUUAAAUGAGAGAGUGUGAAGUGAUUAUGGAAAUGAAAAAAUAAAUGGGGCAAGUGUUGCUUGUCAGUUUUUAGGAAGUGAGUGUACUGUGUGGUUUAGUGGCUAAACUUUCUUCUAAAAUUUAGGCCGGAAACUAAGCAUGAUAUCAUGAUUUGCAAGAGGAUGUUAACGACGACAUGUUUUCCGGCCACGGCGGAGCUUAACGCCGUUCUUGAAAGGUUGCGCGGUAGGCCAACAUACAGCCAUCUCGACGAAGCCCUUUCCAUUUUCUACUCUCCAAACUCGAAUGCUCUGCACUCCCCCUCUGCACACGCCAUUCUCUUCCACGCUUGUGCACGCCUGAGCUGCAUCGGUGUUGGCCAAUCCCUCCAUAAACACAUGAUUAAACACAACCCGGAUGCCAUCCAAGACCUUUACACUGCCAAUCAUCUUAUCAACAUGUAUUCAAAGUGCCGCCGGCUGGACUGUGCCCGUCAACUGUUCGAUCAAAUGCGUUGUAGAAAUAUUGUGUCUUGGGCCUCCCUGAUUUCUGGUUACGCCCAGUGUGGUGAUCCCAAUACUUGUUUCAGUUUAUUCUCGGAUAUGCAGCUAGCUCUAUGUAAACCUAACGAUUUUGUGUACGCAAGCCUGCUUUCAGCAUGCAAUGGUUUUCGGGGUCGACAACUGCACGCACAUGCACUGAAGACUGGGUGUAGUUUCUUUGUUCAUGUGGGAAAUGCAUUGAUUGGGAUGUAUACCAGCAAUAUCCAGAUGAGUGUGCACUGUAGUGACAAUGAAGCUUGGAAGAUCUUUAGUGACAUGGAGUUUCGUAAUCUUGUUACGUGGAAUGCAAUGAUAGCAGGCUUUCAUAAGAGUGGCCAGUGUGACAAAGCCAUGAGCUUUUUCGUGAAGAUGCAUUCUGAUGGUUUGGGAUUUGACCGUGUCACACUUGUCACUGUACUUUCUUUAGUGUGUGGAGUUAAAGAGCAUGAUGUUUCUUGGAGUCAUAGAUGCUGUUCUCAACUGCAUUGUAUUAUUUUAAAGACGGGGUUUUUGUUAGAUGUAGAGAUUGUGACCGCUUUGAUAAAAGCAUAUUCUUUUCUUGACGGAAAUGUUGGUGAGUGUUACAGGCUGUUUCUUGAAUUUCGUGGUUGUCAAGAUAUAGUUUUGUGGACUGAAAUUAUGGCAGCAUUUUCCGAAAAAGAACCAGAGGUGGCUCUCUCGCUCUUUAGCCAUUUGAAUCGAAAAGGAUUUGUUCCAGACAGCUAUGCUUUUUCUGUUGCAUUAAAAGCUUGUGCUGGGUUCGUGACGGAAAGGCAUGCCCUCAUGCUGCAUUGCCGAGUAAUUAAAGCUGGGUUUAUAGAUUGUUUAGUGCUUGAAAAUGCACUAAUGCAUGCAUAUGGAAGGUGUGGCUCAAUGACUGAGGCUAGGAAAGUUUUUGAUGAGAUGAGAUUUAGGGAUACAGUGUCAUGGAAUUCCAUAUUAAAAAGUUAUGCAUUCCAUGGGAAACCAGAGGAGGCACUGAAGUUGUUCGAGAACAUUAACGUUCAACUUGAUGGGAAAACUUUUGUUGCUUUGCUCUCUGCUUGCAGCCAUACUGGAAUGGUUGAAGAAGGGUUUAGGGUAUUUAAUAGCAUGACACAAAAAUAUGGUGUUGCCCCUCAACUUGAUCAUUAUGCCUGCAUGGUUGAUCUACUAGGGCGAGCUGGGCAGAUUUUUCAAGCGGUGAAGUUAGUAAGAGAGAUGCCUAUGCAGCCAGAUAGUGUUGUGUGGAGUGCAUUACUUGCUGGUUGCAGGAAACACAGUGAACACCGACUGGCCACCAUUGCUGCUUCAAAGUUGAAAGAGCUAGAUAGAGGGAACUCAUUAGGUUAUGUCACAAUGUCAAACACAUAUUUGUCUUUGAAUAAUUUCGAUGAAGCACGCCUUGUAAGGAAGCAAAUGAAAGAGCAUGGAGUUCGGAAGGAGCCUGGGUUGAGCUGGACAGAAAUUGGUGGCAGGAUACAUGAGUUUGCUUCUGGUGGACAGAGACACAACCUUGGAGAAGCUAUUCGUGCCAGUCUUCAGGAUCUUGUAAAACAGCUGAAGAAACUGGGGUACAUUCCUCAAACUAGUUUGGUCCUUCAUGACAUAGAAGAAGAGCAAAAAGAGGAACAGCUGUACUACCACAGUGAGAAGCUGGCUCUGAUGUUUGUGUUGAUGAAUUCUAAUGAUCCUCACUGCAAAUCGGGUGUCAUUAGGAUAAUGAAGAACAUCCGCAUUUGUUUGGAUUGCCACAACUUCAUGAAAAUAACUUCAGGGCUCAUUCAAAAGCGGAUUGUUGUUAGGGAUUCAAACCGUUUCCAUCAUUUUACAAGUGGGAUGUGUUCUUGCAAUGAUUAUUGGUAGCAUGGCUUCAAUCCUGGAUCCCCUAUCCCAAACAGCAUUGUUCAUGGUUGAUACUUGACAUAAGUGAACGGCUAGCCAACCGAAUGGGAUAGUAUCAACGGUUCUAAUACCAAAGAAUAUGAAUACUACAUUAUUAUCUGAUGCAAAAUCAUUGAAGGAAGAAUACAUUUGACUCAACUCAAAUGUCUAUCAUUUUGAGGAGCCAAGUGUUUCAAAUCAACCUGUGAAUCUUGCUCGUGCUGAUGACUUCAAAACUGAAGGUACACUAUUUCUUCUGAACUUAGAGAAGAACUAAGCAGGUAAAUGGAAAGAUGUCAAAUUAGGUGAUUUAUGAAAAAAGUGAACCAAGGGAGACUAGACCACAAGCAUUAAUGUGACAGCAACAACGAUUAUCAGUUGCCAACUGAAAAUGGUUCAACAGGACAGCACUGAGGGAACAAUAUACAACUAGCAUGGCAUGAAUCAGGCGCCGUUGCGAUGUGUAGAAUUCUCAUUUCCCCCAACCCAUCAGGAAAGAUAAAGUGGAUAACACCCU